UUCAAAUUUCAAAACAAUGUUGAUGGUGUCGCUACACCUGUUAGUGUUAGUGUUAGUGUUAGUGUUAGUGUUAGAGUUACACACACAGCUUAUAGAUCCGGUUUAAUAUUGGCUCUCACCUUAGGGCUCCUGUCUGAGCUAAAGAAUAAUCUGUAAGGAAGAGCAAGUGCAUGAGAAAUGGAGGCUGAAGAGAAGUCUGUAGGUAAAUGUGUAGAGACGUCUGUGGAGACAUCAGUAAGGACAUCAGUGGAGACAUCAGUAGGGACAUCAGUGGAGACAUCAGUAGGGACAUCAGUACAGACAUCAGUAGAGACUUCAGGUGUUUGUUCCAUUGAAGUCCCGAAGCCGCCCUCAAUAGAGGACUUUACUGUGCUGAAGCCGAUCAGCCGCGGCGCCUUCGGGAAAGUCUUUCUGUCCCGGAAAAAGAACAACUCCAAACUCUAUGCUGUAAAGGUGGUGAAGAAAGCAGACAUGCUGGAUAAGAACAUGAGCGAUCAAAUGCGGGCGGAGAGAGACGCUUUGGCCCUCAGCAAGAGCCCCUUCAUUGUGCACCUGUAUUACUCCCUGCAGACGGCCAGCAAGGUGUAUUUGGUCAUGGAGUACCUGAUCGGCGGUGACGUGAAAUCUCUGCUCCACGUCUACGGCUACUUCGAUGAGGACAUGUCCUUAAAAUACAUUUCAGAAGUGGCACUAGCUUUGGAUUAUCUUCAUCGUCACAGCAUCAUUCACAGGGAUUUGAAGCCUGAUAACAUGUUGGUCAGCAACGAGGGUCACAUCAAGCUGACAGACUUCGGCCUGUCCAAAGUGAAACUGGACAGGGAACUGAACCUUAUUGAUAUAUUGACCACGCCCUCUUUGGCCAAACCGAAGAAAGAUUACUUCCGGACUCCUGGUCAAGUUCUGUCCUUAAUAAGCUCUCUUGGUCUUAAUACACCAGUGAUGGACGGGAAGCGUCACUGCAGCGCCUCGGCCGUGGCCAGCCCUAUGACGUGUGGAAAAGCAGAGCAUAGAAAGAGCUCGCUUUGUUCACCGCUGAUGGCUAGAAGGCGAGAGCUCCUGCAUUCACCGAUCACUUCGUCACGGGGCCUUGGAGCUAGCAGUGUGUUUAGUCCCAGCUUACUGGCCAAAAGUCUGACGCCGAGGCUGAUGAAAUCCAGGAAGAGGUUCGAGACUUUAAGUGUUGGCAGCGCUCAGUCGUGCCUGCUGCCGUCCAGCGACUCGGAGAGCUGCAUCAGCCCGCUGUGGGAGGACGAGCAGAAUGAAAACAUCCCGCCUCUGAACGUAAAGGACAAAGUUAGCCGCAGACUCCCUGUGCCUGCUGCUGCGGUGGACGUCCCUCAGUCUCCGAUUCACAACUCGGACUCGUCUGUAAACAAACGGCGCAACAAACAAACGGAUUGUAGGAACAUGAAGCCAGAAAAUUUAGCAGGAAGAAGACUCCCUUUCACCGACUCGGAACUCUGUGUCACGCCGGGAAAGACUCCGCUCAAAACAUCUGAGAACAGUCUUACGAAACCCGCAAGGAGCUUCCACAGUGUUUGGAAGUCUUUAGAUGAAGGAUCUGCUCAAAAACCAGGCUCGGCAUUGAAACGAGCUUUUACCGAGGUGGACACCAGCCCCGAGCAAGCUGAGAUCCAAGCAAAGAAGAACAACUCGGAGUACAAACGGUGUUUUCCCAUUCCGGAGAAUGACGCCAGACUCCAUACGGGUCUGACUGGGAUUUUCUCUGCUGUCGGUUUAGGGAACGGUGGAGGAAUCCCGAACCAGUCCAGUCCUUCAAAAGUGACCAAGAAUCUUUUGUGUGAGCUGGAAGAACCGUGCGAGAAUGUUCUCAUCUCCGGCCUCACUUCCUCUCCCAGAGAGACGAGACGCAGCCUGAGUUUGGACUCCGAUAGCUCGGUUCAUGAAAUGUCCGUGAUCACGAACACACCUCCUCCACGUGGAGAAAAAGAAGCUCUGGUCUCCUCAUUCGAGGAUGAAAACGAAAGCUCUGUCGUUACAUAUGCACCGCCUGUAUCGAUCUCGCAGAAGUAUAACGAGGAAGGCCAUCAUCAUCUCCACGUUGCCUCAAGCAGUCUGCUCAAAUCGCCUCCGUUCCUCAAGCCUAAGAACGUGGUGGCCUUCAGAAGCUACUGCAGCUCCAUCAACCGAUCCAACCAGUCCUAUGGCUCGCGCCUCAGCUUGGCCUCGAUGGACGGCAUGGACAUGUCAACGUCGACCUCGUUUCAGACUGCGCCCAUGGCCAUCACGCCGGUGCAGAAGAAGAGACCCAGCCUCAACAGCUCACUUUACCAGACGCCUCAGCCGACGGCCAUGUCUCAUACCCCUUAUCGAACGCCCAAGAGUGUCCGCAGAGGCCCGGGACCAGCAGAGUACGGACAGAUCCUUGGAACACCUGACUACCUCGCUCCAGAGCUUUUAGUAGGGAAACAUCAUGUUGCAGGAUCAGUUGCGUACGACGCCACGGUGGACUGGUGGGCGCUGGGUGUGUGCCUGUUCGAGUUCCUCACCGGAGUUCCUCCGUUCAACGAUGAAACUCCUCAACUCGUCUUCCAGAACAUUCUCAACCGAGAUAUUCCAUGGCCUGACGGAGAGGAAGAAAUUUCCCCCAACGCUCGAGGUGCCAUCGAGAUUCUCCUCAGUCCAGACGUCACCAAGCGGGCGGGGCUUAAAGAGUUGAAAGAGCAUGCGUUCUUCACUGGCUUGGACUGGGACAAUCUCCAGAACCAGACCAUGCCUUUCAUUCCCGAGCCUCACGACGAGACGGACACGUCUUACUUUGAGGCGAGAAACACCGCGCAACACCUGGCUCUCUCUGGGUUCAGUCUCUAACACACACACACACAAUUUGCACGUAAGCACUCGCUACCUGCUGCCGUCAGCUCAUCAUGCCGACCUCAGAGAAGAUCGCUUCUUGAUAUUUCUGUCUUCCUUUCUUUAUCCACUUUACGAUCUCACAGUCUGGUGUCGGUUCAUCAACAUUAUAAAAAGUACUGAGAUUUAGCUAAACAAACCCAGCUCAUGUCUCAGGUCAGAUCAGGACUCUAACUGUUCCACUUUUUUUAUACAUUCCGUACCUUGAAUAUCAUUUUAGUGUUUUGUGCGUCCCUGAGUAAUAUAUUGUGUUUGUUUGUUUGUUCUUUCUGCUAUAUGUGAACACUAACAUGUUCAAAGAUCCGGGCUUUAAAUAUCAUUCACGUGUCUUUUAGCAAUAACCUGCAGUACGGCAUCGAUUUUUGAACAGUGUGUCAAGCUUUAUAAAACUUUCUUUUUAAUCACAUUUCAAGGCUCAAAUAAAAAUCCCUUUACUAUCUUCA